UAUACUUAGAGGAGCCAAAACGUGAGCUACUUCUCUCUCUGGCAGUCACAGACAUACAGACAUGGCUUUUGUUCCUGCACCGGGUUACCAGCCUGUGUAUAACCCAGCUCUCCCCUACAGAUGCCCAGUUUAUGGAGGCCUCCGUGCAGGAAUGUCUGUCUAUAUACAAGGGACAAUACAUCCCCAUGUUAAUCAGUUUGUUGUAAACUUUUCCUGUGGUCAAUAUGACGGAGCAGACAUUGCCUUGCAUUUUAAUCCUCGGUUUGAUGGCAGCAACAGAAUUGUGCUUAACACCUUCCAGAGAGGCUCAUGGGGGGCGGAGGAAGACCGGAGAGAUUUGUUCCCAUUUCAUAGAGGACAGCACUUUGAAAUUGUCUUUUUCGUGAAUCCAGGUGGAUACCAGGUAACCGUGAAUGGAUCACCCUUUUAUCAGUUUAAUCACCGCAUUCCCCUGGAACGAGUGGAAACUAUACAUGUGGACGGGAACUUGACCAUCCAGUCAUUGAACAUUAUUGGAGGAGGAGGAGGUGGCAUGGGAGGGGGAGUGAUGCCAUUACCUGCCUACCCAUCUGGAAACCUACCUGUCAUGGGAGGACCCCAGUACAACCCACCAGUGCCAUAUUAUGGACAUAUAGGGGGAGGAUUAACAUCUAAACGGACCGUGGUGGUCAGAGGAUUAAUCUCUGAGGGAGCAACAGGGUUCCAUAUAAAUUUCAAAGUGGGUUCGUCCGGUGAUAUCGCUCUUCACUUUAAUGCUCGUCUGAAUGAGAAAGCUGUAGUAAGGAACAGCUUUCUGAGGGGAUCCUGGGGACACGAGGAGCGGGAGAUGUCAUUUAAACCCUUUAAAAAAGGACAGUACUUUGACAUCUCCAUCCGCUGUGGAAACAGUAGAUUCAAGAUCUAUGUGAAUGGCCAGCACUUUUGUGACUUCAAACACAGGUUCACAGCUUUCCAGAUGAUUGAUGGGUUGGAGAUUGGAGGCAACGUGGUGUUGUCUUUUGUGCAGAUCUAAGAAUCCUGAAGAGAUCCUAAAUAGCUUAUUAUCUUUUCCACAGGAGCUACUCUGCCCGUCUUGAGGAUCUUCUGUAAUUGAUCCUGAGAAAGUCAACCUAAGUCACUAGCCAAUUCAACUUUAAGGAGGUUCUGUACCUAUCCUGAUUUCCUGUUUCUCAGCUUACUAUGAGUAACCUUUUAAUCCAGAAUUCAUAUAAAUUCCAACCUCCAAUAUUUCUAUUUAUUUUUUAACUGGGUCCAUAAGUACAAAACCAAUAAUAUGUCAGGCCUGCAAUAGGCCCUUAGUCAUGACUAUUGCAGACCUGAAACAUUGUUGUUUUUUGUACUUAUGGACCCAGUUAAAAAAUAAAGAUCUUUUUACAAAUUUUGCAAGUUGGAAAUUAUAUGAAUUCUGGAUUCUGAUUAGCACUUGGCAAGUCCUUUUCCGUGCCCCAUAUAUGAGGUGUGUUGUCUUACUACCUUCGAUAUUUGAACCUUUUAAUCCAUCACAAGAAGCUUCAUAACUUUUAGGUGUUUCCUUGCUCCUCUUAAAUAGGUCAUAAAUGUUUAACAGUCAUCCCUGAAGAGUUUCAUAACCCAAUCUAAAUGCCUCAUUAAUUUCUCAAGGCUCUGUGAUGAUCCAGAAUAAUAAACGUAACGUGAUGAAAAUGUUA